AUGGCAGCUCUCUCGCAUCCUCUCACGACUGCCGCCGACAAACCGCCUCCGGAAGCACCCAAGGAGCCGCAGCUGUCCUUUCCCACCGCCGCGAAUCUCCACCACAAGCAUCACCACCACCAGCAGCAGCACUACCACCAGCACCACCACCGUUCCUCGAUUUCGCGUUCCUCCAUUUCGGUUUCGGAACGCCCACCCAACGACCACCUGCCCGCUGGCAGCUCCUCGCAGCGCCCCGCGCACACCAGCACGCCGUCGACCGGCUCGCUUUCCACCAAGUCGCAGCGUUCGUCCAGCCUGCUCAACCGCGCCGCCGCCGCCUUUGACCGGACCCAGAUCGCCAUCGCCAGCUUUUCAGAGCCCGUCAUCCGACCCCGCCAAUCCAACUCGGCGCUCGCCCGCCUCUCCCUCGCGCCCGCCUCCCCCGUCACCAAUUCGGAGCCCGCGAGCCCGGAAAGGAAUCCUAACCUGAGGGCCUCGUCCAGUCAGUCUUUGGCCUCGAGCUUAAAGGUCGACGCGAGGCAGUUGGCUCACGCUGCGUCGGCCAAAGACCCCCCGUCUCAGCCAUAUUCUGAGACAGACCCUGGCCACCCUGCCCCCAUCAAGCUGCCCGCGCCAGAUAACAAGAUGCAUCAAACCUCGUCGCGCUUGUUGCGCAUGACGGACGAUGACCGGCCUUUUACGAGGGAUUUCAAGGAUCUCUUUGCUACCCUGAUAGUCAGCCUCUUGCCCCUCUCCGCACACCGAGUACGGUUAUCAAAAGUGGAAUACACUUUUCUGUCUGAAGAUGCCAUCAACAACCUCGGCUCCCUCAAGUUCUCUCAGUCCAAUCGCAUGCCCGAUCCCAAGGACCCGUCAAGGAUAGUCACAACGACGACCACCACGACCUUCUCCAUGGCCAAGGACAUGGCGAGGUCCAUUUGCCAGCGCUUCGUCGAGGCUCGCUUCAUCGAGUCCGCCGACGGCAAGUACCAGCAGGUGUACAACAUGAAGGGUUCCGUGUGGCAGCUCACGCCGAAGGGAGUCACCGUGCUGGAUAGGUUCUGCGCGCGUAAUGGCAUCCAACAGAAGCAAGUCACGGAGCUGGCGGCCGUGAACUCGGCUCAGCUCGUCAUCCUCGAACGUGACCAGCAGUCGGACAAGCUGUUGAAUGACGUCGGCACCAUUGAGGUCAUUUUCCGGAGAUUCGUGGGCGCCGACGGCCGCAACAUCAAGACGUCGGCGGCGGCUGCUGACUCCGACUCGCUCCACGAUUACAAGGACGGCCUGACUGGCGUCAAGAUGGCAGCCGAGCGCAAGAUCAACGGCAAGGCGUACCGCGACUCCUUCACCGGCAAGGCGACCGUGGAUUGGUUGAUGGAUUGCUCCACCAUUGUCGACCGUCGGGAGACAGUCGAGGUUGCGACCCUCUUCGUCGAGUACGGCUUGAUCGAGGCGGUCGUGCCCGACCGGACGUUCAUCGCCCAGAACACGGGCUUCAACCUGUUCCAGCCCACCAAGCACGCCAUUUAUCAGCUCACCCAGCGAGGCAAGGACCUGAUCAACGGCAACGGCUCACGAGGCCGGGCGUCGGAGAGCGAGGGCGGUACGGGCUCGCAGCGCAACGGCAUCACCCGCGACUCGAACACGCAGCGGCUGGAGAAGAUCCUCAAUGAUCCCGCCCUCCGCCUCCUCUUCCGCGAGAACCUGCGUGAGACGCACUGCGAAGAGAACCUCUCCUUCUACAAGGACGUGGCCGAGUUUGUGCGAGGCUGCAAGGCCGCCAUCCGACAGGCCCAGAAGACGCCGUCGGCCACGUCGAUGGACACCAUCAAGGAGAUCAUGGCUCAGGCAUACGGCAUCUACAACGCCUUCUUGGCGCCCGGUUCGCCCUGCGAGCUCAACAUUGACCAUCAGCUCCGCAACAGCCUGGCCACGCGAAUGACCAAGGCGGUCGGGCAGGACAACACGAUGAUCGAGACGCUGCAAGAGGUGACGGCGUUGUUUGAGGACGCCCAGAACGCCGUGUUCAAGCUCAUGGCUAGCGAUUCCGUGCCGAAAUUUCUUCGCAAUGCAAAGUACGAGCAGCAAUUGCGGACCUACGACCUGGAGUUGACCGGCGGCCGUGCACCCGAGAGGAGCCAAAGCCGCUCUAACCGCAAGUAA